AUGGGGUACAAGUGCGAGGACAACGUCACCGCGCAUCGCAUUGGUGAUGGGCAGCUGGUGAACGUCCACCUCACUCGCUUGGAGCUGUUCUCUUUCGGCGCCUUCUCCAACGUGUACAGAGGCCAAGCCGAAGACGAUCUGACGCACUCCGUGCACGAGGUGGCCAUCAAGAAGACGUGGAAGCAGCACGGGCUCAACGAGGUGACGGACAAGGAGGCCGUGCCCGAGAUCCGCAUCCUCAAGCUCCUCAACCAGCUCAACCACAAGAACAUUGUGAAGCUGCUCUACGACUUUGCGCAGGGCUACGAGCAGCGGACGUGCUACUCCCUCGUCUUUGAAUUUCUGCCCUCCACGCUGUACAGCUACAUGAAGAGCCGCCGUCGCCAGCUCGAGCUCAUCGACAUCAAGCUGUUCACCUGGCAACUCUUCCGGGGCCAGGCGCACUUGGCCAAGGCAAACAUCAUGCACCGCGACAUCAAACCGCAGAAUUUGCUCGUCGACCCGAACACGGCAUUCCUGAAAAUCUCCGAUUUUGGCUCGUCGACCAUCAUCCGGAAGACGGUGCGCCAUCCGAGUUACCACGUCACCAGGUACUACCGCCCGCCCGAGCUUCUCCUCGAAGCGAAGAACUACGGCUGCGAGGUGGACGUGUGGUCGUGCGGUUGCGUGUUUGGCGAGAUGCUUGCUGGCCGCACGCUGAUUGCCGGCCGCAAUGCUGAUCAUCAACUCGACCUGGUGAUGACGUACUUUGGGGUGCCCAACCGCGAGCAGGCCGCUGCCAUGCACUGCCCGGUGCGCACCUACAACAAGGUGCUCGAGAAGAACUACGACCGCGUCGGCCCGUUCCCCAAGUUGAAGCAGCUGGUGGGCGAGAGUGCGUCGGCGGACGCGCUGAAGCUGCUCAGCCGCGUGCUCGUCUACAUGCCGAAUGAGAGGCUUUGCGGCCUGCCCUUCCUCUCCAACCCCUUCUUCGCCGACAUCUUCAACCCGGAGACGCGGCGCUCCGGCUCGCCCAUUGAAUGCAUCACGGCGCAGGACCUGAAAGACGUCGAGCAGGGCGACGGUGACGUGACGGCCGAAUCGUUGACCAACGAG